AUGUCGACAACAUCAUCGAUUGAUACACCGACAUCACCAACGGGUCCACUGCAACAUCAGCCGCUGCAACACCAUCAUCCAAGUCGUCAGCAACAUCACCACCAUCAUCAGCACACCACCACAGCCAUAGUGGUCAGCGCUGGCGCUGGUCCCCACCACAAUCCGUAUACGCAGACAACAACAACUACAACCACUACCAGCACAAAUCAAAAUCCGACGAACACAAAUAAACGUUCGCAUUCCACCUCGUCAUCGACGGGUUCUGGAUCCUCGAUGCCACAGCAGGAUCAGCAGCAGCAGCGUUAUCAUCAACAGAAUAAAAAUCAAUCGACCCAUUCGCUGUUGACACCAUCUUCCUCAACUUCGUCGUCGCCAUCGGUGUCGGCAUCCACGGCUGCUGCAGUGGCAGUGCAUCAUCAGCCCCACUAUGCAAAUACGGGAAGCAAUAAUUCUUCUUCCUAUAUGACCUCCUCGUCUUCGGUAAAUUCGUAUUCGCAACAUCAACAUCAUCAUCAGCAACACUCAUCGCAUCAACAUGCCCAUCAGCAGCAUCAGCAUCAUCAUAACCAACAACAUUUGCAAUUUGCAAGGCCAUCUACGUCAAUGUCAGCUCCUUGCACUGCCGCCACCUCAAUAAAUUCUCAGAAUAGCUCCUCGUGCACCCCAUGCAGCAUCAAACGUCACACCACUGAUGUCUCGGUCUGCUCUUCGUCCUCUUCGUCAUGCUGUUCGUCGGCCAGUUCUAAUUCCGUAUCGGCCGCAGCAGGUGUUGUUGUGAAUGGCAGCGGUGGCGGCCAAGGUAAUGUGCCUGGGCUGGUGGGUUGUGGUGGUGGUGGGGUUGGCGUCAGCAGUGGCAAUGGCGGUGGUGGUGGUGGAUGCAGUGCCAGUAUUGUAACUCCGACCGUGAUUACGCAGAAAUCGCGUACCAUACCAUCGGACAAG